AGUAUUUAUCAAAUUUGUAGGUUAUAUUUAUUCAAAGUGUUAUUGUUCACCGUUUUUUUAAUUUUGGAAUGUAAGAAUAGUAUUUAAAGAUCAUGGACUCAAGUACAUACAUUUUGGACACAAUUCGUCAAGAAAUAACUGAAAAUAACCUUCAGCUCAAAGCCCUAAUUCAAGAUAUCGAUGAAUGUAUUGGACCUCUAAUAGAGCUGCAAGCCCUAAAUAAUGCAGGCCGUUCAAAGAUAAGUACCCUAAGGAAAUUAAUAGGUAAAUUAGGAGAUGCAGCAAAAGAAAAUAAAAGCACAGAGUUAGAAAAAGAGGUUGUUUUACAACGGGAACAGUUAGCCAACAGUAUGGAUUCCUUUAAAAAGGCGAAUUUAAAGUCGAUGUUAGCUAUAGAAAAGGGCGCUAAAGAGGAACUUCUUAAACCGAAAUACCCAGAAAGUAUCGUAAGGCAACGUCAAAAGAGGGAUAAGGAAAAUAUGGCUACAAUGAGUUCUAAUGUAACAGAUCAGCUACUUUCUAUCAGUCGACAAUUAGCAGAUACUACGCAAAAAAGUGCAGCCACGCUAGAGUCGCUAGUGUAUUCUUCCGAUAGUGUAACUGGCACUCAAGAAGAAUUAAAAGUUACAUCGGGUGUUAUUGGACAAUCUGGAAAGUUAUUAGCGAAAUAUGGUAGAAGGGAAUUUACUGAUAAGAUUUUAAUGUGUUUUGCAUUUGCUUUUUUCAUUUUUUGUGUUUUGUAUAUUGUACAAAAAAGACUAUUUUAAAAAUAAAUCAUUACAUUUAUUUAUAUUUUGAAUUAAGAUUUUUUCCAUACUUGGACUAAAAAUGGCGUCGGCUCGAUCAUAGGGUGUCAAGCAAUGAUAUAUAGUUAUAUACAUUGCUCAUCCAUGAGUAAAUCGCAUGACGUAAAAUGGGUUUUUAUAAGGCGUAUUUUUCCUUUAUCUAAUGUAUGUAACGUUUAUCUUUUAUCUCAAUUUUGUCGUUAAAAUUUUUACAUGUUUAAAUAUUCAUUUUAUAAAUAUAAACUAUAUAAUUUUACAGAUAAUACCUUUUUCGAUUUUCGGC